AUGUCCCGAACCAUGGAACGGAAUUUAAAAACCUUGCAAGGAAAAAUCGAUGAGAUCCAGGACCUGGAAACAAAGAUACAAGAAGCAAAGAUAGAGAAAGGAGAGAACAUUCAAGACAUCAAAGAAUGGAGCAGCAAGAUAGAGAGUGACAUUAGUAAAUAUGAGGCUAGUGUGUUAGAGUUGAACUCG